AGAGAGAGAGGGAGAGAUCAGUGUGUGUGUGAGCUCAGUGUGUGAGCGCGACGCACCGGGGAUCCUGGAGGGGAGUCGUGUGAUGUGAGGGGGGCUCUUCCGCCGGUGGACGUAUGUGCCAGGACAGCGUUUUGUUGCAGGCGAGCGUGCGCGUGCACGGACGCGUGUGCGUGUGUAUGGGUGAGUGCGGGCAUGCCAGUGUGUGCAGCGCGCGCGUGUGUGCGCGCACCAGCGUCGUCGAUCAGCGACAGGCUCUUCGCAUUAUGCAGCCGACGGUUCCCAUCACACUUUGAGGACUGACUCAUCUACGCGGGGCUGUGGAGACGGCGGAGACGGAGGACGCUGAGGCGGACGGAAGAGGCAGGAACACAGCUUUAGGGUAUUGAUGCUCGGGCUCCCUCAAGACUGUCCAAAGGUCUAGCCCAUUUGUGGGAUGUCAGUAGCUGCACUCCGGCCCCCCUCACCACCCCCCUCCAUAAAUUGGAAUUGCAGACACACAGCCAGACUGAGCCCAAAUUGGCAUAAGAGCCCUGAAAGGAGAAUAAAUUCUAACUUGAAGGAAGGUUUCUAAUCCAACCCUGCUUCACGGGCUACAGCGGGAGGGUCUCCUACAGCAUCUCAACGGGGUCUUUGUUUUCACCCCCCCUCUUUUUUUCCCUGCCUGUCAUCCCUGUUUUUUUCCCGGGGAGGGUUGCGGGGAUUCUGUCCUGGAGCCCGGCAGGAGGAGGUGGGGGGAUAAGAGGCUGGCAGACAGUACUGGACAGACGCAGGCAUGGCUCGCCUCAACUGGUGCCUGGCUGCUGUCAUCAGCUGGGGCAAGUUCCUCUUCGCCUGCUUCUUUCCUCAGCGGGGUGCCAAGCGAGACAAGCCCGACGAGCUGGAGGGCGUCCACACGCACGCCUUCAAGCUGAAGCCAUUCAAGAAGGCCAAGAGCUGUGACAUAUGCAAGCAGGCCAUCACCAAGGAGGGGCUCAUCUGCAAAGCAUGCCGCUUGUCCUGCCAUAAAAAGUGUGAGGUGAAGGUUACGACAUCAUGUCAAACGACUACCAACUAUGAGCUGCCUCCCACUCCUCAGCUGCCAUUAAAGCAUGUAGAUACGCCGGGAUCCACGAGGUCCUGUAAGAGUGUGGAGAUAAGGCGAAAGCAGUCACGGAGUCAGAGUGUGGUUCAGGCCAUGGAGGACAGCUAUGAGGUGGACCUGGUCUACAUCACAGAGCGGAUCAUCUCCGUCUCGUUCCCGGCCGGCGCCGAGGAGCAAAGCUACGCCGCCAACCUCAAAGAGGUGGCGUCAAUGCUGCGGUCCAAACACAGCGAACACUAUCUGAUUCUCAACCUGAGCGAGCGGAGGAAUGACUUAUCAAAGUUGAACCCCAAGGUGGUAGAGUUUGGCUGGCAGGACCACCAUGCACCCCCCCUGGACAAGAUCUGCAGCAUGUGCAAGGCCAUUGACAUGUGGCUCAACGGAGAUCCGCACAAUGUCGUUGUACUGCACAACAAGGGGAACCGUGGUCGGACCGGAGUGGUGGUGGCUGCCUACAUGCACUACAGCAACAUAUCCGCAAGUGCUGACCAGGCGUUGGACCGGUUCGCCAUGAGGCGAUUCUACGAGGACAAAGCCCUUCCCGUGGGUCAGCCAUCGCAGAGAAGGUAUGUGCAAUACUUCAACGGCCUUCUCUCCGGACACAUCAAAAUCAACAACAAGCCGCUGUUCCUGCAUCACGUCAUAAUGCACGGCAUUCCCAACUUCGAGUCCAAAGGAGGCUGCCGUCCUUUCCUGAAGAUCUACCAGGCAAUGCAGCCGGUCUACACGUCAGGAAUAUACAAUGUACAAGGAGACAGCAACACCAGUAUCUGCAUCACCAUUGAACCAGGCCUGCUAUUAAAGGGGGACAUCUUGCUCAAGUGUUACCACAAGAGGUACAGAAGCCCAACUAGAGACAUGAUGUUCAGGGUGCAGUUCCACACGUGUGCCAUCCAUGACCUCGGGGUGGUUUUUGGGAAGAGCGAGUUGGAUGAGACCUUUAAAGAUGAAAGGUUCCCAGAAUACGGCAAGGUGGAGUUUGUUUUCUCAUACGGACCACAAAAAAUCAAAGGUCUGAGCCACCUAGAAAACGGGCCAAGCGUCUCUGUGGACUACAACACCCAGGACCCUCUGAUCCGCUGCGACUCGUACGAGGACUUCAACCACCGAUGCGACGACGUGGACAGUGAGCACGAUGUUGUUCAUACCCAAGGUCCACUAGAUGGAAGCCUAUAUGCCCGGGUUCGAAAGAAAGACUCCCUGGAGGGAGUUGUCACCAUCAACGGCCUCCCGGCACUUGAAAACCCCCUGACGAAUGUGGAGAAUUCUUUGCAGCACACCAGCCAUCCUCUCCAAACCGCUGACCAGACCCUACCUGUAACGGGCCACACCUCUCUGUCUGCCGUAGACCACACCCUGUCCGUGAGCAGUGACUCGGGCAACUCCACUGCGUCCAUCAAGACCGAUCGUACCGAUGAGCACAGUCAGUCCGUGCUGAGCGCUGCAAACCACAACAACCCAGCGGCAGCUCACCCGUCACUCAGCCCACAGGAGAAGAGGGAGCUCGAUCAACUCCUGAGUGGCCUUGAGGCCCCAAAUCACCAACGCCAAGCUUACCUGUCUACAUCCACCAGUCCAGGGGGAGGGAUUCGACACCUGGUUCCAGCACAGGUGCACGUCAAUGGGGGUCACACAAGGUUAGUUGGUGCCCCUUCAACAGACGAGAGGGAGACAGACAUUCUUGACGACGAACUGCCCAAUAGCCAAGAGGGUAACAGUGUGGACAGCUUGGGCACAAUCUCUUCCUUAGAAGGCCAGGCAACACCAGCCGACCUCUAUUACCAAUCACAGACGCCUGUCAGUGGGCAGAACAACAGUUCAUACCUUGAGAGUGGUGUUCUCGGAGAACUGACCGAGAUGCCAGUUCAUGGAGUACGAACCCCCACGAUGCAAGAGAGGUCUGUGGACUCUGCAUCGCCACAGGGGGGAUACAACAACUACCAGAAUGGAGGAGGAAUAUAUCGCUCGCAGUCCUUUGGGAACGCCCCAGCCAGCAGCCCUGAAACAAAUCCUAAACUGAUGCCCAGGGCCCCUGAGAGAAGCACCAGUAGCCGAGAGGCAGUUCAAAGAGGUCUCAGCGCUUGGCACCAAUAUAGCCUUCCAGAUGAUCCUUUUGGCCCUCCUCUUCAGUCCACUCAUAGCUUGCCGCACUUCCCCACCUCAGCCUCACAGCGGGACAUAGAGCAAUCCAUUGAAGCCCUCAACAUGCUCAUGCUCGACCUGGACCCAGUCAACUCCCACAUGUCCAAGUCCCACAGUGCUCCCCCAGGGGAGAAUAACCUCAGUUCAUCACAGGCGCCCUUUUCACAGACCCUGGCCAGGCCUUCAUAUCAAGCAGAUUCUGCCAUACAUGGCUAUAACAGUUCUGGGUCAGUCAACAAUGUCUUUCAUCAGCCCCUCCGAUCGGCUGGGAGAGUGUCAACAAUGCCCAACCAGAGCCCAGUCAUUGAGUCUCCAGUGCACUCUCCCCAGAGACCCAAUGCUAGCUACCACCACCAAAACACCACCCCCACUCACACUCCGGAGCCCUACCUUCACAUGCGCCAAGCCCCACACCACUACCCCACAGAUUCAUCUUCCGGUUUCAACCAACAGGCAACACUGAAGUCUGUGAACUCGUACCCACUCAGCGGAUUGUCCCACUCCCCAGACCUGCAGGGUUCACCUUACCCAGGCUACAGUGCUUCCUCUUCUCCUCUCCCCACUCUAACCCCCCAGCCAAAGGACACAUCUUCUUCCUCCUUGGCCAGAGAACAAGACAAUGAGGAGACGCUUAACUUGGAAGGCCUGGUCGCCCAGCGCAUUGCUGAGUACAACGCUCGCAUUCGGGGCAUCAGUGCAAGCAUGACAUCUCAACAAUCUGACCGCCAUCGCUCCUAUUCCUUCUCUGGAGUUCGUUCCAGAGGAAUGACCCCAGAAGUGACACAGGAGACGGGCCGACGUCGAACCACCAGUGAGGGACAGUACCAGAGCAGCCAUGAUAACACACCAACAGUGCAUUCACCUGACUUUGCCAACAAUCUGGCACUUAACCCAGGAGGAAGACCCAGAGAGGGUCCUAUGCAUAGCUACCGGGAAGCGUUUGAAGAUGACGAAGCAGACAGUACCAACAGUCCGACUUUCGGAGGCGGUGGUGAGCAUUCUCCCGCGACUCCAGGCUUCCCCGUGUCACCCCAGACUCCUUACAUCAACCUGUCUCGCUCCCCUGCAGGCUUGACAAAGACUCCUCUCUCAGCGCUGGGACUGAAGCCACAGCAUCAGCCUGGAUCAGACUCUAAUUCUAAUAAUGGAGAGGAAGAUAACAGCAGUUUUGUGGACUCCAGAGCACAACUAUCCAGUGCUCCUUUAUCCUCCAGUAGACCGGAUUACAACGCUGAUGGAAGGAGGACCGGUUCUUCAGAUGGUGCCUCUCCAGACGGCUCCCAGGUCAACGUGAUGGGCGUCCAUACUGUGCCCGGGAGCCCCAACACCCUCCACCGCACAGUGGCCACCAACACGCCGCCAACCCCCGCCCUGCAGAGACGCCUGGGCCAGGCCAGCCCCUCUCUGGCCAGACACCCGCCCCCGUCCGGCGUCCCCUCCAGCCCCCUGACUGGCCGAAACCUCAAAACGGCUAGCGCCGGCGUGCCCCCCAGCCCUAUGAUGGGACGCCGCGCAGCAGCGAGCGGCCGCAGCACACCCGACGAGCUGGGGGCCGCGUCCCGCCAGAGUAGCGCCCCGCCGCCUUCCACGCCCGCCUUCCCCGUCUCCCCACAGCUGCCUGAGAAGAGGCACAUGUCCAGCGGAGACGCGGAGAGGACGGACAACAAGAACCUGACGCCCAACCCGGCCAGCGGUGGGAGCACCCCCAACCUGUCCGGCACCCACACACUCCACGAUGUCUCCAAGUCCAUUUAUGCUGAUGGUUACCCAGACAUUAAGAUGAAUGUCAAGUUUGUGCAAGACACCUCCAAGUACUGGUACAAGCCAGAAAUCUCCAGAGAGCAAGCCAUUAAUCUGCUGAAGGACAGGGAGCCCGGGGCCUUCAUCAUAAGGGACAGCCAUUCUUUCCGCGGGGCCUAUGGUCUGGCCAUGAAGGUGGCCUGCCCCCCACCAACUGUCCAACAGAACAAGAAAGUUGGAGACAUAACUAAUGAGCUGGUGAGACACUUCCUGAUUGAGACGAGCGCUAAAGGCGUCCGUCUGAAGGGUUGUCCAAACGAACCCUACUUCGGUUGUCUAUCCGCUCUGGUGUAUCAACACUCGAUGACUCCACUGGCUCUGCCCUGUAAGCUGAUGAUCCCCACCAAAGACCCCAACGAAGAGGCACUUGAACUCGCCACGCCUACUGAUCCGGUUGUUGAGCUCCUGAAGCAGGGAGCAGUUCAGAAAGCCCCUGAGGAAGCCCAUGCAUGCAACGUCUUCUACAUCAGCUCUGUGGACAUGGAGUCCCUCACUGGGCCUCAGGCCAUCGCCAAGGCCAUCAGUCAAACGCUGUCGACCAAUCCGCUGCCGGCCGCCACCACCGUCCACUUCAAGGUGUCUGCACAGGGCAUCACACUCACCGACAGUCAGAGGAAAAUUUUCUUCAGGCGACAUUAUCCCAUUAACACGGUGACCUACUGUGACCUAGAUCCCCAGGACAGGAAAUGGGGCAAAGAAGGAGGCGGCUCAGUGAGGCUUUUUGGAUUUGUCGCGAGGAAACAAGGAAGCACAACAGACAAUGUCAGCCACUUGUUUGCAGAGUUGGACCCGGAUCAACCCGCCUCCGCCAUCGUCAACUUCAUCUCAAAGAUGAUGAAGCGGUGAAGCCCCCUCCUCUCACCAGACGUCCCAACGGCCGCGGCUGUUUCAAGGUCGCCUCUUCUUCGUCAAUGUCGUCUUCUCCCGGACUUGACGGCGUCCUUCUCUCUGUCGGUCCAAGUCUGUCUCCUUUCUCUCUUCGCGUCUCUUCGCCUCGCUGGUUUGCCUUGGUCUGUUUUUGUUUUUGGAAGAGUCUUUUUUUUUUUUUUUUUUUUUGAAGGAUUCGGUUUAGAGCCAAAGUGGCGCUAGAGGAUGUGUUUUGUGGAGCUGUGUACGUGACGAACUCGGAGGUCAGUCGAGGAAGGAAAAAUCACAGGGUGACCUGUUGUAGAAGAAAAUGCUCGCUAUAGACUGAAGAGUGCUACAGUAUGUUCAGUAGGGGAACAUGUGAGGACUGUUGUUUCAGGGUUUUCUGUUGUCUUUUUUUGUUGAUUGAUUUACCAAAGGCAGUUGCAAUACAAGUGCAAGAAUGAUGUAGCUCUUAAGCCAUUAUUAUUUCCUCUUUUCAAAAGAAGAAGUGUUGAACAAAAAAAAAAGAAACACAAUUAAAAUUUCUCCUUGAACUCAUCUUCAGGAAAAAAGUUGGCCUUGACGGCUUUUAGCAAAACAGAGUCUGAAGACCUUAUGCAUGUUAGCUUGAUCUUUAAGCUUGGUUCUUCUACCUUUCACAAAACGUUAUCGUAAACCCUUAGCGGGGCCAUUUCGAGGUCUGCCGCGUGUUGGAAAGGGCUCUGCAGUGGAACGACUGAUCUUAAACUGCGCGCGGCAGACCAGACUCAACAGAACUGCCACGCUAAGGUCCACCACCACCACCACCACUACGUCGUGUCAGUGCAGCCACACUCGCAUCACAUCCGCCUUCGGCCACUCACCCUCUCAAAGCUCGCUUCCCUCUUGGACCUCCUUCACCUGAAAUCAGCAGGGUCACGCUGAGGAUGACUGUUUGUCCACAAGAUGGCGCCAACUCAUUAGGGAUUGGUCUCCUCUAGUCACACAGACUUACCCAUCACCCGACUUGCUUACAGUAGUGAAUCUGAUAGAUGCUGCCACUGAAACACACUGGAAGUCACCAGGGACUGGCCCAAGGACCUGGACCUAUGCACUGCUCUUUAUGCAUGUUGUUUUCCUAAAACGCACCCCUCCCUCAUAAUUACAUUCAACAUCACUGAAAUCAUUCUAUGGUGUGUGCUAAAAUGACUUAAAACCUUUAGACAAGUACACUGAGGUUGUAUGACUUGUCAAAGACUGCAUGAAAUAGACAACAAAACCUUUUUAUACUCCUCAGAAGACGUAGACAACCCAUUGUUGAAGUAGUCACAUGAUGGUGAGAUGCUAUAUUUUUACUUCUUUUUUUUUUUUUUCAUUUUCGAUCCAUCUGAACCAGGGUUUACCUUUCACUGUAACAAGGGCAGUCCAGUCUGUUUGUUUGUUUUUUUUCACAUGUUGUCAACAUUUACAUUUAGAUAUAUUUUAGGGCAAAGAAAAAAAAGCAACAACAACAACAAAAAAAGGAAAAAAAACACAAAAAGGUUUCCACACUGUGCGCAAAAGCCUGCUUGUUGAACACGUGCUCAACCUUCCACAAUAAGCUAAGAAAAUUGAUAUUGAUAUAAAUGUACAUAGAUAUACUACUUUAAAAGGACAUAGCGAAAAAGUAUUUAUUUUUGUUGCUUUGGUCCCUCAUGAUUACUCAUAUAUACAUAUAUUGUACAGUCUAGAUAAAAAAGAUUACCUAAUGCAUUGAGAAAAAAAUAUAUACUUAUUUUGGCUAAUGAUUUCAAAGUCUGAGGAUUUUGAAAUGUGUUUGAAUAUAUGGUGUACAUUACUUUGUACAUGUAUAUGUUUGUUUUUGGCUCGUCAUUGAUCUUUUUUUUUUUUUUUUUUUUUAUUAGGGGCAUGAAUGAGAUAUAAAAGCAUGAAGCAUCUGAUCCGUCUUUUCCACAGCGGAAAAACCUUCGUAGAAGCAGAUGUAGCUGAUAGAUAAAGGUAAAGACAUGCGAAAUUUGCCAAAAAAAAAAAAAUUAAGACAAAGGGAAGCACGAAAAAGCUCAGAGGCUGACUCUAAAUGCUAUAUGAGAAGAGCUGUACGAACCCACCACGGUUACAAGUUAUCAUUUAGCCAAAGAUUCAAACACUUUGCGUCUACUCUGACUUGGCUGCAUGUUGCUUUUUUUAUGUUCAGCUGCUACUCGGUUUCCAUGCUGUUGUUUUUGUGUGUGUAACGUAACGACACACACCAGAGCUGGGUGUUACAGGUAAACCCCCCCUCCCCCGCAUCGCUCACAGUGAGACGACCGGCUUUGCAUUGGUUUCCGCUGGUGUCUCAACGCUCCCAGAAUGCAUUUGCCUCCAUCGCCUCACUGGAGAGGGAACGGGCCUGAUUUUCCCCAGUUGGAAGUGUGCAAACAAAGCGCUUAUAGUCACGAUGGCAUGAAUUCCAUAUGGGUGUCGGCGCUGGAGGUAAAAAAACGAGACGUGUCUCACCAUGAUGCUGCAGCUUGGUCAGACUGCCCCCCACUCCCCCCACACCCAUUUCUGACUCACUGACUUAUUUAUUCUUAUUUAUUCUUUUAUUGCUUCCCCAUGUUUAUGACAUUUCUGUUCCAUCGUCUGCGUUUUCACAUUAUCGCUUUUAGGUUGUUGGCUUUUUUUAUGGUCCAUGUUAACGUUUGAAGGAAUGUAUGGUGGCGCUUUAUUGAAAGCGAAGAGGUACAGUGCACUUACAUGGACUACUAACAAGCUUAAAUUCAUUUUUUGUCAUUUGGAGAAUGAAAAAUAAAAAAAGUUCUCUAAAUUAAAAUAUGCAUUGUACCUGUUGGCUUUGAGUCAAGAGUUACUCUGUUGUUUUAUUGAAAAAUAGGUGAUGUCUGUGACCCCUAUGUACUGAUGGGACUUGUACUGUAUGAAUGUGCUAAUACAUAUGUGCAGAAGGGUCUCAGAUAUUGUUUGCGCUUAUCAUUUACAUUAUAUUGUCAUGGCUUACCUGUUCCUAAAGAGAAAAAAAACAUUAAAGCAAUACAAAUCAGUUA